GACAGUAAGCCACGUGACUUAAGGGAAUUUAAGAACAAAGAAUAGUGCUUUUGAAAAAUAUUUCAGAAUUUGUCGAAAUUAUCAAAUUUGAUUUAAAAUAUGAAUGACAUAUGUUUAUUGUGUCAUAAAAAGUUUACGCUUCCGAAAAACUUGAAAAAUCAUAUGAUAAAAAUACACAAAACCUCUAUAGAAUCACUCACUUACGACGAAAAUAAAUAUAAAUGUUUAGAUUGCGGUAAUUCCUAUAAUAUAAAUCAUGAUUUAAUUUAUCAUUUAGAAACUACGCAUGGCGUUCCAAUAGAAAGGGAGGAAUUAACAUUCAAAAACCACAAUGAUUUUGUUAGAUGGAAACGAAAUAUUGAAAUCUCUGAAUCUUGUAACUACAUUAUGCUCGACGAUAAAACUAAAACAGGUGAAAAAUCAGGAAUAAUAAAAUAUAUAUGCAACCAAAAUGGUCCUUUUUUCGAAUUUGAUUCCGAAAAAAAAUCGUGGACUUGUAUUAGUCACGUGAAAACCAUUGAAGACCCCAAUGGUGAUCUUUAUGUAGCUAGAGUAAAAACACAUUAUGGUCAUGAUCUCGAAGAAAAAGAAUCCAAAGUUUCUAAUGGGUCUGAAAGCAUGGAUGAGGUGAAUUCUGAAGAUGGAUUUUUAGAUGAGUACCAAAAUAAAGUAAAAGAAGAUAUUCGUAUGAAACUUGAUGCAAUUCUAUGUACUUUACAUAAAUUUGAAAACAAACAACUUUUAAAACUGGAUAAUGUGUUGAAUGGUAUUUGUGAAGAAUUAGAUCUCACAACCAAAAAUACUGACAUAAUUGGGUCUAUCAUAAUAUCCAGUAAUUCUAACUUAGACCACAGUUACAUUUGAUAUAAUCAAGAGAAUAUUUAUUUAUCAAUUAUUUAUUGUUCAUCAACAGAUAUGUUUAUUACGUUUCUGUUCUAGUGUAAAAAGAAUCAGUUUUUUUAGUUUUACUUCAUUUUAUUGAAAUUUUGAUGUUUAAAUACAAAAAUAAAGUUUAAAUGUGAA